AUGCAUCGCACAUAUUCGAUGCGCCAGUCGCGCGCCCCUACAGCUUCUCAGAUUGAAAAUCCGCCUCCGCCACCUUCGUCCACUAAGAGCGGCCGUCUGUUCGGUCGAUCUCCUUUCGGACAUGCGUUGAGGAAGUCGACUGCCGGAGCCUUCGGGCCAGAGCUCUCAAAGAAGCUUUCACAGCUAGUGAAGAUGGAGAAGAAUGUUAUGCGCAGCAUGGAGGUAGUGGCACGAGAAAGAAUGGAAGUGGCCCAACAAAUCUCCCUGUGGGGUGAAAGCUGCGACGAGGAUGUCAGCGACGUGACUGACAAACUCGGAGUACUCAUCUACGAGAUUGGUGAAUUGGAAGAUCAAUUUGUCGACCGAUAUGACCAAUAUCGAGUGACGAUCAAGUCUAUCCGUAACAUCGAAGCCUCUGUUCAGCCGUCUCGUGAUCGCAAACAGAAGAUUACCGAUCAGAUUGCCCAGCUCAAAUACAAGGAGCCUAACAGCCCUCGGAUUGUGGUCCUUGAGCAGGAACUGGUUCGUGCCGAGGCCGAGUCCCUAGUGGCUGAGGCCCAGUUAUCCAACAUCACUCGGGAGAAACUCAAGGCUGCGUUCAAUUACCAAUUCGACGCCGUGCGCGAACACUGCGAGAAAGUGGCCAUCAUUGCUGGAUAUGGCAAGCAUCUGCUUGAACUGGUUGAUGAUACCCCCGUCACUCCUGGCGAGACCCGACAAGCCUAUGAUGGAUAUGAAGCUUCCAAGGCCAUUAUCCAAGACUGCGAAGACGCCCUCACCAAUUGGGUGUCGUCCAAGGCGCAAGUCCAUUCUAGCCUGUCCACCCGCGCGCGCACCCUGAGCCAGAGACGAAAGGCCAACGCUGCCAAGCGAGAGGGCGUCGACCUGAGUGGCCAAGACCAGCCGCUGAAGAGCGACCGAGACAGUUGGGUCCCUGCGGACCAACAUGGCGAAUAUGAACAAGAGGAUGAAGAGGAGGAAGAAGAAGAGGAUGACGUUCCUGCUGAAACAAACGGUGAGUCCCACAGAACGGACCUGUGA